AUGCCAGAAUUCACAACUUCAGAAACCAGCAAAAUGGGGAGGACUGCUGAAGAGGAUGUUCAACGAGGAGAAAAGGAGAAAUACAAACAACAUUUGCAACUACUAAAGGAAAAAUAUCCUGGAAGCUGCCCUAAUCCACAUCUGAGAAGCUUCCGCAAUGUUCAAGCUGUCUCAAAGGAACCAGUGAUGACUGUGAGUCACUUGGAUGGCCAAAAACGUGGAGAUGUCUCUCCACAUAUGACACUGAGGACCACCUCCAGUAGUGUCCAGAAGAGGACAAAUCCUAUUUACUAUCUCAGUGCUGUGGAAGAGGAGCAGCUAGCUUGUGGCUCUGGAAUUGCUUGCAAGCCAGUGGCCCCUCAAGCCAUGGAGAGAGAGAUUGCUGCUGCACUUGGCACAGGACCCCACGAUGAGAUUCUCAGCAGUGCCUUCAAACUAGAGAUCACACGGGAUGACAUUCGGACUCUAACAGACUUUUGCUGGCUAAAUGAUGAGGUCAUUAAUUUCUACAUGAGUCUUCUGAUGGAAAGAAGUAAGAAAGAAGGAUAUCCAGUGGUCCAUGCGUUUAGUACUUUCUUUUACCCUAAACUAAAAUCUGAGGGGCAGAAAGCCGUAACAAGGUGGACCAGAGGCGUGGAUCUAUUCAAGCAAGACCUCGUCUUAGUGCCCAUUCACUUGGGAGUGCACUGGACACUAGUGGUCAUAGACAUCAGAAAGAAGACCAUCACUUACUUUGAUUCAUUUGGACGAAACCGAGAUGACAUUUGUCAAACUUUAUUCAAAUACCUGCAAGAAGAAAGCCAGGAAAAAAGAAAUCUGGAGCUGAGUUCUUCAGAGUGGACUCUUCACAGCAUGGAGUCACACGAAAUCCCCCAACAACUGAAUGGAAGUGACUGUGGCGUCUUUCUGUGCAAAUAUGCUGAUUAUGUCUCCAGGGACAAACCUUUAACCUUUACCCAGAGUCACAUGCCUUACUUCCGCAAGAAGAUGGUGUGGGAAAUACUUCAUCAGCAGCUGCUGUGA